GCGUUUAGCGACGUGGAAACGCGCAACCAGGCUUAAAGUAUGGCAAGCGAAGAUGGUUUCUGCCAAGGAGCCAACGAUCGCUAUGUUUUCGGGUCUGUCGAUCAUCUUCGUACACUUCCUGUGCUUGGCGACUUGUCUCACCGCGCUCCCGGGACAGCUCAGAAAGGAAGAAAAAUUAUGGCCGGAGAAUUUUACACGCAUCCUGGAUCGUCUCCUGGAUGGCUAUGACAACAGGCUGCGUCCUGGAUUUGGGGGUCCUGUUACUGAAGUCAAAACAGAUAUCUAUGUCACAAGUUUUGGACCUGUUUCUGAUGUAGAAAUGGAAUACACAAUGGAUGUUUUCUUUCGUCAGACAUGGGUGGACAAGAGAUUAAAAUAUGAUGGUCCCAUUGAAAUUCUAAGAUUAAACAACUUGAUGGUUAACAAAGUGUGGACCCCAGAUACUUUCUUUCGAAAUGGAAAAAAAUCUGUGUCUCAUAACAUGACAGCCCCAAAUAAACUGUUUAGAAUUAUGAGAAAUGGCACCAUUCUCUAUACAAUGAGGCUCACCAUAAGUGCCGAGUGUCCCAUGAGAUUGGUGGACUUCCCAAUGGAUGGACAUGCUUGUCCGCUAAAAUUUGGAAGCUAUGCAUAUCCAAAGAGUGAAAUGAUCUACACCUGGACAAAAGGGCCAAAAUAUUCAGUGGAAGUCCCUGAAGAGUCUUCCAGUUUAGUUCAAUAUGACCUGCUUGGACAUACAGCAUCUACUGACACAAUUAAAUCCAUCACAGGUGAAUACGUGGUCAUGACAGUACAUUUCCAUCUCCGAAGGAAAAUGGGGUACUUUAUGAUACAGACAUAUAUUCCAUGCAUUAUGACUGUGAUCCUUUCCCAGGUGUCAUUUUGGAUUAAUAAAGAGUCUGUUCCUGCCAGAACUGUUUUUGUAUGCGUAAAAAGCCAACAUCAGUGCGAAGGUUGAGGUUGCUUCUUUUUCAUCAGAUCAGAAAUUCUUGGGGCAGUCUUUGCAAUAGCACAACAAAGAUCAUCUUCCACAACAAGUCUACUUCUAUAUUUAGACUUGAUAACCAACAAGCUGGAAAACUCUGUUUCACAAAGAUAUGUUGUUGGAAAUGGAAGAAGAAGGCGCAACACAAUCUCAGACAGAACAGGAUAUGACUUGAAACAUUUGAUCCAGAAUUUUGUAACUGGCAUUGUGGAGAAAUCAGUUCUUGCUGCAUCGCUGUUAAUAAGUUCAAUGAACUCCUCUUGUGCUGUCUCAGGAACAUUUUCAACGUUGACUGUGAAUGGGUUUCUGGCAAGUGCAAAUGGGGUGUCAGGUAGAUUUGGAAAGUACGAUGAAGUUUCAUCUGCAAGCAUGCGCAGGUGUUCUUUAACAGAACUUAUCAUCGUAAUCCUAUUGUCUGGUUCAAUGUCAUGUUCCUCAAAGAAAGCAGAUAAGGUAGGCAACAUGUAAAUUUUAUUUUCAUACAAUUUUUUUUUGCCAAAGCUGCAGUUUCAUUUGGAAUGAUCGGAUCUUUUCAGACAAAUCGAGGCAUGUUGCAUUUGGUCCUUGCAGUGAUAAAUUUAACUCAUUCAAGAUGGCAAUGAUGUCAAUCAAGUAAGCUAUUUUCUGCAGUUCACUGUUAUCGCUGAAAAGAGCUUCAAACUGUGGUCUUGCUUUCUGACUAAAAAACAUUUUGAGUUCAUCACAAAGCUCAAAAACACGACAACCAUCUCAUUUCAGUGUGAAAUAGCAGAGCAUUGUUUGGUGCAUCUGACUCGUUGCACAGUUGUGAAAACAGUUGUGUGUUUAAACUGCUUGCCUUUACAAAGUUGACAGAAUUUAUGAUGUUUUUCAUUACUUCUCGUAACUCUUGUGGCAGUGUCUUUGUUGCUAAUAUUUGCUGAUGAAUCAUACAGUGAGUUCCUAUGACUUUUGGUAACUCAUUCAGUACCAAACAUUGAAAUCCAGAUCUACAUCCUAGCAUAGCUGGAGCACCAUCUGUGCAAACACCACAAACCUUUUCCCAAGAUAUAUUAUGCUCUUUCAGAAAGGAACCAACUGUGUCAAAUACAUCACAUGCAGUAGUUGUCAUCUCAAGAGGUUUGCAAAACAGAACUCAUCUUUAAAGUCACCAUCGUUAAUAUACCUCAUGCAAACCAGUAGCUGGGAACAGUUUGCAACGUCUGUAGAUUCAUCAAGCUGGAUAAUAAAUAUUGGAAGUAGAGCAGAUUUGAUUUCUUGGAUUACCUGAUCAAGAAUAUCAGCAGACAUGUCAUCUAUUCUUCUGCGGACAGUGUCAUUGGACAAGGAAAUUGCACUCAAUUUCAUCACAAAUUCGUCUCUGAUCAUAAGUCGAACAAUGUCUUUAGCUGCUGGCAACAGUAACUCCUCAGCAAUGGUGUGAGGUUUCAUAGCUCUGGUGAUUCUGAGUGCCACCAAAUAUGACGCUUCAACGGCUGCUACAUUUUGUUUGUGGUACUUGCCACCAGUGUCAAGUCUGGCUUUCUUGAGUCCAUCAGCUUUGGUUCUAAAAUAGUUUGUAUCCUUGCCAGCAUAGCUCAGAUGCUUGCUCUCAAAAUGGCAUUUCAGUUUGUUUAGCUUCAUCGAUUCAGCUGAUAGAACUUCGGAACAAAUUACACAUUGCGGUUUCUCAAUUCCCGCUGUAAAUAUUGAGGUGAAACCAUAUUGUAAGAAAUCCUCACUAUAUUUCCUUUUCCUGAUGUUCUUCGGAUCCAUUGUCAUUGAAUGAUUUGCUAGUGAAAAUAUGUAACAAUAGCUUCAAUAAUACAAAACAUGACACAUGGCAUAGUUCAGUCAAAACAGUUCAUUAAAGUUUCCUAUAAUUUACCAUUCUCUGUGUUGUUCUAUUUACAAACCCAGUGUUUCUCAACCUUGACAAUUUUAUGGCAUGUGGACUUCAACUCCCAGAACUUCACAUCCAUCAAUCACCAACUCCAUGAGAGGAGUCUUACUCCUUUGGUGGAAAAUCAACUCUACUAUCCUGGGAAAGAAACCAGGCUCAUGCAAUUCAGAUUUUUAGCCAGAGAUCUGAGACCAUGAGAAACCACAAGUCCAUAUUUAGGUGGCCACAUAAUUGAGUAUUCAUCAUGAUUUGGGAGCCCAAGAUGCCCCACCCAACCUGAGGGAGUAUAGGCAGAAUCUGCCCAAUAUUUGCUGAAAUACGUUGCACUCAGAUUUCAUUCUGGGAAUGAAAUAUUAAAAAGGAAAAGAGCAGAACAAAUCAACUUUUAUUCCCCUUUUCCAAACCCUCUUCCUGGAAAUCGUAACAUGUAAUUAAGCACUUCAACAAAGUAAUUACUCCAUUAUUUGAGUAGGCAAUCAAUUAAGAAGUUACACCAUGUAAGGAAAGAAAAGAAAAUUAAACAAAAGAAAAGAAAAGAAAAGGAAAGGGGACAAGAGGACAAGACAGGACAGGACAAGGAACAAGAG